UUCCCAAUACUCGCUGAGCCGGGCUGACAGCAGAGAGCUGGGCAGGUAACCAGCAGUGGUGCUGAAAGCUCCCUCUAGUCUACCUAGCGACACUUAACUCUUUGCGUGACACGGUCAGGAGGUGCGAGCCUCGGCGAAUCCACCCCACCAUCAUCAUAUCCCGCUCAGGUCACCUUAACGUUCGCCUACCGGCAUUUUCCAUCUCCCGUCUCCGAAGAUGAUACCUGGCAAACGAAGAGCUGCAGUCAUGUCCUUCUCGGUGGCGAUAUUUGGAGCCCUGAUGCUGCAGUCGGUGUCUUCCCAGAACGAGCCAUCAAUCAUCGCCUCUGACCACAUCACACUUCCUGUGGAAGGUGACACUUUCACAUUGCAGUGCAACCUGACCAAUGCCCACAGUGUCCACAUGGAGAGCUACUGGAUGAAGAAUGGGGAGGAGAUCCCGGGAACACACACCCAAAAUAAGAACACUGAGUACAGGCGGAACAAACCAAGAGGAGACGAUGCCGGAGUGUACAUGUGUGUCUACACCUUCGAUAUGACUCCUUCAGCCAACGCCACUAUCGAAGUUAAAUCUGCUCCUGAGAUUACAGGCCACAAACGUAGUGAGAAUAAGAAUGAGGGUCAGAAUGCUACGCUCUACUGUAAGUCUGUGGGCUAUCCUCACCCUGUCUGGACCUGGCGCAAGCUUGAAAACGGCAUUUUUCGGGACAUUGACAACACAACCGAACGCUUCAUCAUCGUCAGCAGAGACAACUUAACUGAGCUCCAUAUUGUCCACCUGCACAUUGGUUUAGAUCCAGGCGAGUACCAUUGCAACGCCACCAACAUGAUUGGCAGCCGUGAAGAGAAGUCUGUGCUGCGGGUUCGCAGCCACUUGGCCCCCUUAUGGCCUUUCUUGGGGGUUCUGGCGGAGAUCAUCGUCCUGAUCAUCAUCAUCGUUGUUUAUGAGAAGCGUAAGAAGCCAGAUGAUUUACAAGACGAUGCUUACCCAGCUGGACCAGUGAAAACUAAUUCAACCAACAACCACAAAGAGAAAAACCUCCGCCAGAGGAAUACAAACUGAGCAGCCCGUCUGCUUAGUUUCAUUACACAUGUAUUGACCAUAUGAAGGUAAACAAGAAGGGAAUCCAUACCAGUUGUUAAUAGGAUUUAUCUGCCAUUAAAAGUGGGGUUGUGGUGGAGUUAAAUGGGGCAUGCCUUAUGAUUGUGUUGAUUGUGAGGGUGCCAGGUCAGGAGGUACUCAAACCUUUAUGGAAUUGUUAACAUUAUAACCAUUGUUGCUGCAUGCAGUUGUUGACAUUUAUGAUUUUUCCCUCUUAUCCACUAAUUAAACAUUUUUACUACUUCUAAAAUAAUGCAUGCAAGAUUUUGACCUUCUGUGUGAAGGCAAAAAUUUGAUUUCUUUUUGUUUUGUUCUUUUCUCUGAGAGUGGCUUCAUGUAGAUAAUCUGUACUGUGUUCUUAAGGAAAACAAAACUUGGCAAUGUUAAAGAAUAUGCCACCAUAAUCGGGUAUGACAGUUGUAUAUAGUUUUAUCAUUCAACUGUGUACCAUUUUCUAAGUUUAUCAUUUUAUCAGACAAUAUUUAUUACAUAUUAAGGGCUUUGCAAUGUCCCUCUAAAUUUGGUUACGGCUUACUUUACUGUAUGUAUGAACUGUACGUACUAAAUCACUAUAACUAUGUAUCAUCAUUAAUAUAAAGACUACUCAUACUAUAUGAUGCACUUAAAUGUUGAGAAUAAUGAAAAACUGUAUAAACCUACUUUAGCAGAUCUGUACUAAUCAUUCUAACAUUGUUUUAUAAUUAUGUGUAUUGUACAGCAUGGCUAUUAUCCUAUGCAAUUAUCUAUAUCAAUGUAUUGAAAAUCAUUGCAGCUUUUGAUUUCUCUGUGACAAAGCUUUAAACUAGUAGGAUCACCGUAGAGCGUUGAUGGCAUACUAUACAGCUGCAUGAAUUCUCUACAGCUGACGUCGGAGGCGGAGAAAGAAACCAACGUCAGGACUGACAUGUGAAGCAAUUGCAACAUCCCAACUCAUUUUUAAGAAUAAAUAUCUCAAAAAAGUA